UUUCACGCUUCGUUCCCGAGGUUCGACCAGAGCUUCCCGGGGGGAGAGAGACGCACGGGCCCAAAAGCCUCCGUUCUCGAAUUUUCUAAGAAACCUAACAAAACAAACCUCUCUCUCUCCAUCCCUCAAUCCCCUCAUCUUCGCAAACUAAAUCAAUCAAAUCCUUCUCUUCACAUACCCAUAUCCAUCCUUUAUUUCUUAGAUACCCCCAUUUCAUCUCAAUCACAAUGUCCGCAAUCAAGUCCAUCCGCAGCAUCGCCCCUCUCCUCGACCGCAUCCUCGUGCAGCGCAUCAAGCCCGAGACCAAGACCGCAACCGGCAUCUUCCUCCCGGACAGCGCCGUCAAGGAGCUCAACGAGGCCAAGGUGCUCGCUGUUGGCCCCGGAGGUUUGGAUAAGGAUGGCAAGCGGAUCUCUCCCAGCGUCGCUGUUGGCGACAAGGUGUUGAUUCCCCAGGUACGUUUAUCCGAGAGGCAUGGCAGGGCGAAGACGUAGCAUCGUGAGCGAGGGGUUGGGCAGGUGGAAGGUGCAACAGAGAUGAAGUGAAGAGAUGGGAUGCUAGAUGCAAUUCACUGAAUACAGCGCUAACCGAUUGAUGCAGUACGGUGGAAGCCCCAUCAAGGUCGGUGAGGAGGAGCUCUCCCUCUUCCGUGAUCACGAACUCCUCGCCAAGAUCAACGAGUAAACGUAUGCGAACCAUAGUAAUAGCAGCUUCGUCUCGGAGCCGGCCGCCGCCAUCGCUUCUUGUAUCUUUACCUAUGUAACAAUACCACCACCA